AUGAGGCGUCACUUAAGCGGCUUCUUCCUUCUCUCUGCCUGUACCGUACGAUUCUCACUCACCACUUCACCGUGUUUCAACCCUCCACCACUCAUUCGUAUCCCCCUCUCCUGGACGGCCGUUAGCAUUCCGGGUUUUCGCGCGUUCCCUUGGACGGGCAUCAGCAUUCUGGUGAAGGAUCAUCUGAAGCUGGGCCCAGCAGCAGCGCAGCUCAUGACCUCCACUGCCUACAUGCCGUGGAGCGUGAAGCCAUUAUAUGGGAUCCUAUCUGACUGUGUGCCUAUAAGGGGCGGCCGCCGUAUCCCCUACAUAAUCAUCGCCAACGCGCUCUCUCUACUCUCCUGGCUCGCCCUCGCGUUUGUGCCGCGUCUCGCCGCCUCUCCCACGCCCUUCACUCUGCUGCUCGUGCUGCAGAACGUGGGUGCAGCCAUGGCUGACGUGGUGAUUGAUGCCAUGGUGGCAGAAGCGGCCAAAGGGGACAAGGAAAGGUAUGCAGGCGAUCUACAGUCCCUCUCCUGGUUCUCCAUGGCAGCAGGCGGCGUGGUGGGGAGCCUGCUAGGCGGCCCGGCUUUAAAGACGCUGCAGCCCCACGGCAUGUUUGCACUCUUCGCGUUCUUCCCCCUAUCGCAGCUCGCCAUGUGUCUUAUGUCGUCUGAGAGGAAGCUUACAGGGGGGACGGGAAGCGGGGAGGAGGACGAGGGGGUGGAUGAGGAGGAAGAGGAGGGGGUGGAGGAGGAGGAAAGGAAGGGGAGGGAAGGAGAGGGCGUGAGGGAGAGUGGGAAGGGGGCUGAAGCGAGAGAGGGAGAUGGGAAAGAGAGGAGCGGUGUGAGUGGUGGUACAGCAGCAACACCAUCCUAUUUCCAAACUGAACAGGCCUCUGAAGGGACCUGUGGCUCUGCUGCUGAUUCCACUGUUACAGAUGAUUGUGUUACAAAUGGCGCUGGUGCUGGUGCAGGUCCGCAUGGUGGUAACCGCAUGAACAGUGGCAGCGAGAGCGAGGAGAGCGGCGAGUUGGGGGAGUGGGAGAAGGUGGCCUCAGAGCAGCAGGAGGAGGGGGGGGUGGAGAGCGAAGGGAAGGCAAGAGGUUGUGAUCUUCUAGGACCCUCAAGAGGAGUUUCUGAUGACAUGUCUCAAGAGGCUGUAGGGGCGAGGGAAAAAGUUGGAGAGGAAGGAAAAGAUGGGGACGAGGUGGGUGGAGGAAAGGAGGAGGGUGGGGGGAAGACGAGUGCGGCAGGAGGGCAGAGCACAGGGCUGAGACAACGGAGAGGCAAAGAAGGGGGCGAGGGGGGAGGAGGGAAGGGAGACACAUCUGAGAUGGGAGGGGUGGAGGGAGCAGAGGAAGCGAGGAGGAGGAGAAGUGAGGAGACAAGGAGAAGUAGACGGAAGGGAGCAGGGGGGUUGGGGAGGAAGGUGCUCAAUCUGGUGACGGCUCUGUGGCAUGCUGUCAUGUCUCCCGACAUUUUCUGGCCAAUGGCAUGGUUCAUGUCGUCAUGUGCAGUCGUCCCCACCCUCUCCUCCUCACUCUUCUAUUUCCACACCAACCAUCUGCACCUCGACCCUUCUUUCCUCGGAUCCACCAAGGUCAUCGGCUGGGCGGGCCUCAUGCUGGGGACUCUGCUCUACAACACGCGGCUCAAAUACGUCCCGAUUCGAAGAAUAUUCAUGUGGGUGCACAUUUCAAUGGCUUUGUGCACGAUCGCUGACACGCUCCUCACCUCGCGCCUCAACCUGAGGCUUGGCAUCCCAGACACAGUGUUUCUGCUGGGCUCCGCUGCUGUUUCCGAUGCAGUCAACCAGUUCAAGUUCAUGCCAUUCCUCGUGCUCUCCGCCCGCCUGUGCCCGCCGGGGAUAGAGGGAACGCUCUUCGCCCUCUUCAUGUCGGCAUACAACUUUGGCAACACACUCAGCGGCUACAUGGGCGCCACGCUCGCCACGCGGCUUGGAAUCACCGCCACGUCAUUCGACAACCUGACACUUGGCGUCACAAUACAGGCCGCUUGCACGUUGCUGCCAAUCCUGUUCCUCCGCUGUGUACCGGCCAACAUGACUGGUGUUGGGGACGAAGGGAAGCAAGCAGUACGUGUGGUGGAGGACCAGCGGGACGAGAAGAAGGGUGUCAGGAAGCCUAAAGAGUCGAAACGGCUGAAAAGGGCAUAG